GUCAGAUCUUUGAGAACGAGCGGAAAGCCCUGUGCGAUGCAUACGAGCAAGCUAAGGUCUUUCCAACUCCAGCGACGACAUGUGUGAUGAACGAAAACACGCCGGUUCCCACCAUCGGUCACUAUUUGAUUGAUAUGGAGAAAUACUUCUCCGAUGCGUAUGACGCGCUGCUCCUGAAGAAACAGCGAUGUGAUAUUGCCAUGGCCACACCUUUUCCAAAUGAAGAUCUAUGUGGGAACAAGAUUUGCCAGUACUAUGAUAAGAAGAUUGAUUGUGAGAAGCACCAGGAGGCUUUUGAGAAGCCAGCUUGUGAAGGGCACAAGACGUACACCUGCAGCCACUUUUCAGAUUGCUAUGCUGAAAAGAAGGACAUCUAUGACAGUGUCGUUACCCUCGCGCAAGAGAAUGAGGUGGCAAACAAGGCUGAGUGGCGAGCAGUGUUGAGGAUCGAGUGUCUCCUCAAUGCACUCCGUGUGUCGGAUGAUGAACUUGAAGCCGCUAUUGAUGCGUGCAAGGCAAAGACCUAUGCCACGACGCCCGUAGAGUUGAAAUACUACGGAUCUGCCCCUGCGGAACGCUCCUUCACAGAGGUGUACUAUGCACCUGGCUCUGCGGUAUUCUCCAGUUCUUGGUAUAGUGGGCUGUCUAUAGCGACGCCAGCCGCAAGUUGUGCAUCUUCGUGCUGCAUGGCAGAAGAGUUCAGCCCAGCCUACCCAGCUGGAGCGAACUGUCCUUAUGUCCCAGGGGCUGUGUCUGGAGCUGCUGCCACAACCACUACCACAACUACCACCGCAGCAACGACAACCACCACGACGGCGGCCGCUUCUGUGUCGAGGAGGGCUCGCAGAAGAAUGCGCUGAUCAACUGCUCAGAACCAGCGAGAAAAGAAAGAGCGACCAAUAUUGUGGAUUUGUGCGCCUGAAGUCUCUAAACCUAGUAAACCUAGGACGUGCACAUAAUCAUUUUAUCGUGCUAGUGAACCUGCUC